CUUCAUCACUGCAUGUCAAAAAUAAAGAAGGGCAGUGUAUGUAAGGGAAACAAAUUACAAGAAUUUGAUAUGACAAAUACUGAUUUCACUAAAACACCAGUUACCUUUCGAAUGGGAAACGAAAUAAUACAUAAUCCAAGCUGUCACAUUCUCUGUCGUAAAUCUCAAUCCUUUUGUCCAUCUUGCAUGCAACAAAGGAGAACCCUGAUGGUCCAAAAGUGCCGUGCUCAGUGUCAUAACACCAAUAGAACAGACCCAACAACAACUGUUUCCUACAAAUAUCUAACAAAAGAAGAAAUGAAGCAUCGAAUGGAGACAUUGCACAAACAGUUAACAAAAGUUAAAAAACAGCGAGACCGCUUAGAAAAUAAAAUCAAAACACUAAUAGCAAAGCAGAGUUUAUCACUGAAUCAAAAUGACCACAAUGAUUUAAAAGAGAUUGUUUUAAAUGAAUGUGAUCAAGUUACACACCAGACGUCGCUUCACAGAAUAUUCUGGGAGCAACAAGUACAAGCCCUAAAAAAAUCCGACUCUCGAGCAAUAAGGUGGCAUCCACUGAUGAUAAAACUGUGCAUACUAAUUCGACACCAGUCUCAAGCUGCAUACGAGACAAUGAGACAGUGCAUACGAUUGCCAUCUCAGAGACUGCUGCGUGACUACACUCACUAAGUUAAAUCACAAGCCAGGUUUU